UUAUUGUUACAUAACGUUAUUAACGUAUUCAAGUAUUAACGUUACACAAACAAGGUACCCAUAAAAUGGAAGCAGUCAUUGAUGGGUUUUGUUUUAAGGUUUCUCAUUAUCAGUGAAAGGCACCCUCAACUAAUCAUGUCUGAUUGAUUGUGCGUAUUGAUCUGUGCGUACUGCGUCACUCAGUCGUGUUUUAAAUCUCCGGCGGGCUGGCGCAGGUCAAAUUAGUACUGAUACGGGGUGUAAACAUUAACUAUACUAGCGUGUUUACAUUUCAAGAGAAGUUUUCAUUUGGCAGAGGAACAUGGCGACGACUAGUCUUGUGUGGUCUCAAGGGAGGAUGUUUUACAGAUAUUCUGUAAAUCUCCACCAGGCGACCAGGAGUUUUUCAGAGAGCAGCAACAAAGGCUGGUUCCGUUCCGUAUUUGUGCACAAAGUCGAUGCCAGGAAAGAUGCCCACUCCAACCUGCUGUCAAAGAAAGAGACCAGCAACCUGUACAAAAUUCAGUUUCACAACGUCAAACCAGAGUGUCUGGAAGCAUACAACAGUCUGGAGGGUGAGGUGCAAAAUAGGCUCCAUCAGGACCAGGACUACCCAUGUGAGGUGGUUGGAAGCUGGAAUACCUGGUAUGGAGAACAGGACCAAGCCGUGCACCUAUGGCGAUACAGAGGAGGCUACCCAGCCUUGACUGAAUGCCUGAAGAAGCUGAAUAGUAACAAGGAAUAUUUAGAGUUUCGGAAAGACAGGGCGAAAAUGUUGCUUUCAAGGCGAAAUCAACUUCUUCUAGAGUUCAGUUUUUGGAAUGAACCCCUGCCUCGAUCAGGACCAAACAUCUAUGAGAUGCGCUCCUAUUACCUGAAGCCAGGAACCAUGAUUGAAUGGGGCAAUAACUGGGCACGGGCAAUCAAAUACAGACAAGAAAACAACGAGGCAGUAGGCGGCUUCUUUUCACAGAUCGGUGACCUGUAUGUAGUUCACCACUUGUGGGCUUAUGAAAACCUGCAGUCCCGGAAGGAGACGAGAAACUCUGCCUGGCAGAAGGAGGGUUGGGAUGUCAAUGUGUAUUAUACAGUGCCUUUGAUCAGAAGCAUGGAGUCUAGAAUAAUGAUUCCCACCAAAAGUUCACCACUACAAUGAGAAGAUGACUGAAACUGCUAACAAGUGGUUGACCAAAACUCAUUCACCUCCUGCUGAGCAAUGUGGUAUGAAUCUUGGUCUAUUGAUUGUAAUUUUUUUUAUAUCUAUUGGAUGGUUUGUGUUACUACCAGAUAUGGAAGUGCAUUUAUUUUGAAAAUCCUGAAAUAUAUAUGUUUUCAAAAGUUUAUGUCAAAUACGUGGAAGAAGAAACAAUAAAUGGCGCUAAUACAAUACAAAAUUACAGUAUUUUGUAUAUAGUAUUGCCAAGUAUAGUGAAAUUAAUAUUAUGAUUGUGUUCCUGUUUCUGCCUUUCAGUUUUAAUUAUCAAUUAUUGUAAUAGACUGCAUUUGUUUGAUGUUU